AUGUCAGAGUUUAGCUAGCCUACUGUUGGGUUUACUUCUACAAGAAUUACAAAGCAGGCAGUUUCUCUAUCGAAAAGGUAAAUGCAGUGCAGAGCAGGCAGUUUCUCUAUCGAGAGGUAAAUGCAGUGUUCCAGGCUGCACGGAGAAAGGGGAAGUUUGUCACAGUCUUCCCAAGGAUCCGAAGACUCGGCAGGCAUGGAUAAUGUUUGUCUAUCAGAAGAUCCCUGCAAAGUUCGACGCUCAGCUGUUCAUUUGCUCUAAACAUUUUACCGAAGACAGCUUUCAAAAUCUUGGACAUUUUAAAGCAGGAUUUGCCAAACUUCUUUUACUGAAACGAGGGGCUGUUCCGACCGUAAGGUCAUCACAACCGCAAGCUAGCACAUCACAAGAACAACCACGAACAAAAGUUGCAGCAUGCCAAACAGAUCCUCCUUGUGUGGCAUCUCGCGGGACGCAGCUUUCUUUUACUACAUUGAGACCUCACCAACGAAGCAAAGGCAUACAGGCAACGCCGCAAUGCCAAAGUGUGGCAGUAGGCACAACGGCUCCUUCAGUCUCUGGGCCAUUCUCUUCAACUCCUUUGAAGGGUCAGAGGCCAGCAAAGAGACCUUGCCUUGAAUUUGAGGAGGAGGUGGAAGAUGUUUCCUCUGCAUGCACUGAUCCUCAAGAUUCCACAUACGAUCCUGCACAGUCUGCUACAAUGGAGACAGAAUCAUCUCAGCUUUUUACAUCACCAGUGACUUCAUAUGGCGAUGCAAAAUACAUUGUUUUUGAGCAAUGCCUCUUCAGCCUGUUCGAGAUCUGCCCUGUGUGCACAAGAACCUGUACAUUCCUGCCACGCAGAAGAGGGUCCUUCCUAGCGAUCGACCAACUAUGCCCUCACUGCAAGUUCUUCCGACAGUGGAAGAGUCAGCCAGUUAUUGGGAGCACCCCUGUGGGCAACCUUCAGCUGUCUGCUGCCAUUUACUUUUGUGGAGCUUCAUUUUCAAAGAUGAAAAAGAUAUUUGAUGCAAUGCAGCUGAGAACACACACGUAUGAUGCCUUCAGAAGACAUUGUGUACAGAAAUGGGUUUUGUUUAGUGAAAGUGUGAGAUCAGGCCUAAUUGCCAGCCAUCAAAAUGCAAAUCAUUACAGUUUUAGGCUGCUCUAACUGAAAGGCACUUGUAACAACACCGGUUAGAGUACAGCUUUGGCACAGCCUACAGGUUUAGCCAAUGCUUUUGCUGUGAGUUAAUAGUAGUAUUUUGCUUGGUGUGUGCUUACAAAAGUGACAAGUGACAAUUGUUACAACAUUUCUGC